AUGAACUAUGUACUAACUUCAAAUGAAGAAGCGAAACUACCUAUUUUAAGAUCAGAAUUUGAGCUGGUGCUUCAUUACUUGAAACAAAAUAAAGCAGCUGGGGCUGAUAAUAUAACAGCAGAGUUAUUGCAAUUUUCUAGCAUGAUGAUAAAGAACGCAUUAUAUCGACUCAGGAUAUAUAUGAGAAAGGGGAGGUACCGGAUGAUUACUGUAAAAGCAUAA